UUGCCUUACAUGGCACUAGCAAAUAGUGCGAUUGGUCCAUUUCCUUCUAGACAUGUUUAUAUCCCACCACUGUACUCGUUCCAUUCUGUUCGGGUGGUAUUCCGGUUAGAAAUUCAGGCUCAUCGUCACUGACAGUAGCAUCUCCGUGAUUUUCUUUAGCAUAUAUACCGAAAACUGUAUUCGCCUACUCUAUCCAGUGACUUGGCAGACAGAUCACAGCCACUGACAGAUUGUUUUGCUCGGAUACCAUAAAUUUUGAUUUCUGCGUUUCUAAAUAUCGCUUACGAAAAUGUCGGCUCCUAAGUUCGAUACGGCAUUGUCCCCGAAAAAAUCCGAGGUCAUCGAAAUGUCUGCCGCUCGCUUCGUCGGCAAGGUUAGCGGCAACCCGAAGCCCAAGAUCCAGUGGUUAAAGAACGAUGAACCGCUGUCCCUUUCCGAUGCCAGACACAGCAAACUGAAGAUUAUUGAAGAAGCUGAUGGAACAGUCGGACUGAAUUUUGUUGAGGCCGCUGCUGACGACGACGCUACCUACAAGUGCGUCGCCACUAACGAUCAUGGAAAAGCCGAGAGCCAGGUGGAUUUAAUGGUGGAGGCCAUGCCGGAAAGUUUAAAGAGCACGAUUAACGACCCACUUCACGGACAGCGUCUGCCCGGGAUGAAGUAAUCCAUCCGCCCCGGAUGACAGUAGGAUUUUUCUAGCUCCGACCGGAAUGUGUUGAUAGUAGCGCCGUGACAUUCAGGACCCGCCGAUUACGCAUUAUUUGUGUGAAAAGGUCGAGCUGAUUUCUGGCAUUCGCUGAUAUUAUUGUUGUUUUUACUUACUGUAGAUUUACCAAUUGUUCUGCCUAUUGUUCAUUGUUUCGUAUGGAACAGGCCAGCGUAAUACUGCAUUUACAGCACACCAUUUUCUGUUCUUUCCCUAAUCCCUCCGGAUAAAAAUGAAGUACUUGAAAGA